AUGUCAACUCAUGACAACGCGGACCCUCAGUCAGAAUCUGUUGCCGAUGGAGUCACAGCGAUGAAACUGGAGCCGUCAAAUAAUCUCUCCGAUGCUCCGAUUCUCAACGGUGGAGGGGCUGCAAUGAAGCCCGACCCCCAAGCCGCGUCGCCAGAUCCUGGGAUAAAGAGCGAACGAGAUACCACAUCCCUAGCGAAAUCUCGAUCCUCCUCCCGCACUCCGCCCAAGAGCGAAAAUUCGGAAACAGCUGAAGGGGAUCUGAAGGGAGAGAGGGAAGAUGAUCUGUCCGGUACGGAAAGGGUUGGAGGUGGUAUCACCGUCAAAUUGGAACCGGGACAACCCCCAAAGUUGACUCGUAACUCCUCACAAAAGGUCAUUCCGCGACCACCACGGCUUUUUCUGGAUCUGCCCGACAGUACCAAGGAAGCUCAAAAGACAUUCGAAGUGAUUGAAGCUUGCCAGUAUGCCAAUAAAUACAUGGGUUAUACGGAACAUGCAAUGGAGUGUGAUUGUGCGGAAGAAUGGGAUACCACUAGUGCUACGAAUCGAGCUUGUGGGGAGGACUCGGACUGCAUCAACCGCGCGACAAAGAUUGAGUGCAUGGGCGACUGCGGCUGUGGACCCGAUUGCCAGAACCAACGAUUUCAGCGAGGAGAAUAUGCGCGCGUGGCUGUAAUCAAGACCGACAAGAAGGGCUACGGCCUCCGCGCGGAACAGGAUCUGCGGCCGCAUCAGUUCAUUUUCGAGUACGUCGGGGAGGUCAUUAAUGAAGGUCCGUUCCAUCGCCGCAUGAGGCAGUAUGACGGAGAGGGGAUCAAACAUUUUUACUUCAUGUCCCUCAGCAAGGGCGAAUUCGUGGACGCAACUAAGAAGGGAAAUCUUGGGCGUUUUUGCAAUCACUCUUGCAAUCCCAACUGUUAUGUCGAUAAGUGGGUUGUUGGAGAGAAACUCCGCAUGGGCAUUUUUGCUGAACGCCAUAUCCAAGCCGGCGAAGAGCUAGUUUUCAAUUACAAUGUGGAUCGGUAUGGGGCAGACCCCCAGCCAUGUUACUGCGGUGAACCCAACUGCACGGGAUUUAUUGGUGGGAAGACUCAGACAGAGCGGGGAACGAAGUUGUCAAAUGCGACAAUCGAAGCCCUUGGCAUUGAUGAUGCCGAUGGGUGGGAUACUGCCGUUGCAAAGCGGCCGCGGAAGAAGAAGAUGGGCGAAGACGAUGAAGAAUACGUGGACAGUGUGCAACCCAAAUCAUUGGAUGAGAGUGGGGUUACGAAAGUCAUGGCGGCUCUUAUGCAGUGCAAGGAGAAGUGGAUUGCGGUCAAGCUUCUUGGACGCAUUCAACGUUGUGAUGAUGAACGUGUGCGCAACCGGGUAGUGAAAAUGCAUGGAUAUCAGAUCCUCAACUCUCAACUCAGCAUGUGGAAGGACGAUUAUAACGUUGUGCUACAAAUUUUGGACAUCCUGGACAAGUUUCCCCGCCUAACGCGGAAUAAAAUCAUUGAUUCGAAAAUUGAGUCAACGAUUCAACCGCUCACCAGCUGCGGUGAUGAAAGAGUCGAGCAAAGGGCGACUGUGCUGUUGCAACUCUGGUCGACCUUGGAAGUCGGUUACCGCAUUCCCCGUAUGAAGCGGGACCCCAAUGCCUCUACGCCGGCUGUCAGUCAGUUUCAGCGACGAGAGAAUGUCUCAGACGAGCGGCAGCAACGGUCUAAAUCGCGAUCUCGAUCUCGAUCAAUCGAGGCUCCUCGCGGGCCAGCAGCGCAAAAACGGGGUGGUGGCCAAGGUCCAAGAAACCCACACCACCAUCAUGGCCCUCGCCCGUUCCGCCGACGAUUCGAACCCCUUCCACAGGGAUGGUAUGCGGCGGAGUCGAAUGGCAGGACAUACUACUAUUCCGCUCGGGGCGAUACUACCUGGACACGACCGACAAAGCCGGCACCUCAACCGCCACCGCCACCGAAAGAGUCGAGAGACAAAGCACUUCAAAAUAUCAUUGACGGUAUCAUGAACGCAAAGGAGCAGACCCCCAAGGAGAAGAGUGGCACUCCUGCUACCCCUCAGCCAUCCAAGCAUACACCAGAGAGCAAGGAUGGACAAGAAAAGUGGAAGAACUAUAGUGAAGAAAAGCAGAAAAAGCUCUACGAAAACACGUUGUUUCCCCACAUAAAAUAUGUCGUUGAUAAGUUUAAGCACAAGCUUCCAAAAGAUGAUCUUAAACGAUACGCGAAAGAUGUAGCCAAAAAGCUAGUUAACUCAGAUUUCAAAAACAAUCGAGUUGAGAAUCCCACGAAGAUCGAUGACAAACAACAGAAGAAAGUCAAAAAGUUCUGUAAAGAGUUCUUCGACAAGGCUGUUGCUAAGCAUCAGGCCCACGAACAGCGCAAAUCCCAGAAAGCUCCAAAAGAACACGGAACGUCUGCGACACCCGCUGGUGGCCAGAGUGAUGGCGAGGAAGGAACUCCAGAUGUGAAGAUGUCAGACGAUGAAAGUAGUAUGGAAAAGGCCGGGGCUGGUGUUAAACGAAAGAGAGACGCACUUGGCGUCGGUAAUGGGGAUGCCCUGGACGAGACACCAACUUCGUCAACUAAGCGACAUCGGUCGUCAACUCCACCACCUCCUCCGCCUGCCAUGGCCCCCAACGAUGACGAUGACAACGAUGACGACUUGAGCAUCAAGAGCGAUGAGCCUGACGCUGACGCUGACGCUGACGAGGUUGUUCUGGUCGGCAACCCAACACCACCUCCUCCGCCUCCUCCACCUCCGCAAGAAGAUGCCGACCCCCCAGACGCAAGUACAGACACGAACAGACACGACUUCGAAGGAUACAGCCAAAUGAACCGAUCUCAUCAGACUCAUAUCGGCAUCGAGGGGAAUGUAUAG